GCAUUCUAAUAUUAAUAUUACAAGUUAUUUUAUUGUAUAUAUAAAGUUUCAAAAUGUUUCAGAUUGAGAAAAGCAUCUCAAACAGGAUUUUACAAUACCAAAACUGGAUGUUGAUCAUUCACAAAAUGUGUAAUUCUAGAGAAGUGGUAGACUUGAUUUAUUUUCUUUUAUUUAUUACAGCAUUAAUUAUAUCAAACUAUAUUCUCAGUGAGAUAAGUAGUGUUUGUAAAGCUCUCCUUGAGUCUUGAGAAAGGACCCAGACUUCAGUUUGUUGACAAUAUGUCAUGCGUCAUAACAUUAUCUUUCAGCCAGAGGAGUGAUGGAGUGGGAAAUGUUUUCCUGGCCUCGAUUUACACUGUUGCCUUAAAGAGCCAAAUACGUUAUUGAUAACAGUUUAUUACGGAAGUGCUGAAUUCUAGAGAGAUUGGUUUACAUAUUAAGACUUUGCUUGAGAAACAUAGGAAGAGGGUGAUGAGCAAUGAAAGACGAAAUGACCCAAAAAGUGAGCAAGAAAUUGGUAAAAAGAGAAAAUUAAAAACAAGAAAAUUAGUAAAAACAAACAAGGAAAUUACCUGUGGAAAAGAGCUUGAAAAUUAUAAUAAUUCUGUAACAUAACUUUAAAUAUAUAAUAAUGAUAAAUAGUUUUUCCUUUUUUUAAAAAAAAAUCCAAAUCUAUUCUGUUUUUUUUUUUUUGCAAUUUGUGGAACAUUUAUUACCAAGUUGCUCAAUGCCUUUUUCCCCCAAUGUUUUCGAAAGAAACUGCAUCAAUUUUCUCAGGGUUCAAAGGUUUGAAUACUUGCAAAAACACACCUCAGCCCAUCUCAAUGGGGCUGUCACAGUUAACAACACAGCAAAUUCAAAAGGUUGCAUUUAAACAGAUAAUCUUAAAUAUUUAAAACACUUCCAGAAUUCAGUUGGUUCCAAAAAUGAAGGGAGGAUGCAAAUAUAAUCUUCAGCGGUCAUGUGCUGUUGUCUCAGCCCAGCUCAAGGGAAGGACAAGGAUGGAGAAUACACAAUAGGAGGUGGAGGUUAAACAUGAAACAAAUGACUAAAUAAUGUUAUUUUACAGAACAAAUGAAUGAGAUAUGAACAAUCAGUAACAUCAGCGGUGUGUGCGAGUGUCAGGGUGAGAGGAAAAUGCUGCACACUGACAGGAAAGACAAAACAAAUCAAUCAAACCAAAGGACGAGACUGAGGCAAACUGAACUGCCCAGCUUCGUAGGCUUGCAAGCUCAUCAGCCAGGACCAGGUGAGCCAGCUUCCUACUGAUCUGCACUGCCAGCUCCCUACCUGCACGGGGAGGAGAAGGCACAAGCAGGCCAGGAAGAGUGGAGACACAGGAGGGGUUACCAUACUCUAUAAUCACAACAGAACCAAGCCUCCAGAAGUGGGCAGGAUGUCAGUGACCUUGAACAAGGCUGAUGGACGCACUGUCAUCAUUGUGACCUCUGACCCCAAAUGUGCUUGGCCUCCUCUGUGUCAAAUCCUCAAGGCCCAUUACCACAACCCACUGUGCUGCUCUGUGUCCCAGCACCUGAGGAGGGUCCAGGGUACCUCUCAGUCAGCUCUGGGGGCUACGCAGAUUAUGGUUGCAGUUAUCAACAUCUACCUUGGGACCAUCCUCAUUAAUAAUGGUGCCAGCUCCUGGCAGUUAUUGGAGUACUGGUAUCCCAUUUGGUUUGGAUUCUUGUUUGCUGGCUUCGGGGUCAUGAGCAUUUUGUCUGAGAGGUACCCCAGUACAUGUCUGGUCACUGCUAGUGUGAUUGCAAAUCUGGCAGGAGUUGCUUUUGCCAUUGCAGCCAUCGUACUCUACGGUUUUAACCGCAUACGCAUUGAACUGUCAUGGUUGUGCCGGCGUGAUGAGUGGGACUGGCGUGGCCUAAGUAUGACAAUGCCUCCAACUCCAUCUGUUGAGGAGAUGAUCAUGAUGGACAAAUGCAUGGACGCAAAAGAAAAAGUCAGGGUCAUUGUGCAGAGCAUCAGUACUGUGCUGGUCAUCAUGUCGAUCCUCGAGCUUUGCCUUGUCACGAGCUCUGCUGUUUUGGGCAUCAAGGCUCUGGUGAGGGGUCAGAAGGAAGCAAACAAGAGCAGUGAUGACCCAAAUCUCCACAAAUUUCCCCUGCUGAAGGAGGUCACCACUAUCACAGCUUAACAGCAGUACUCUACUCACCACUAUCAUGAGCUGAAGUCCUGUAAAAGUCUAAUAAACAUGAUA